UAGGGAACGCGCAGGCGGGGCGAGCCGUCACGUGACCUGAGCUGAGCUCGCCAGAGACCCGGAAGAGCAGGCGGCUGCCUCACCACGUGGCUUCGGCGCCGGGCGGCGGUAGCGCUGCGAUGCUGGCCGGCUGGGGCGCCGCGCACUCGGCCGUGGCCGGCCUGCUGGGGGCGCUGGCCGCCUGCUCCGCUAAACUGGCUCUGGGCGGCGAUUACCUGCGGGAGGCGUGUGCCGCUGCGGCCGCCGGCGCCUGUGUCGGGUUACACGUGGUGCUCCGAGUAGGAUGUGUCGGUCUGGUGUUUGCGUGCAAUGCUGUCAUGUGGACCUUCUUUGCAAAAGCCCUCCACUAUUCCUCUUCCUCAGCGACUGCCACGGUGACAACAACAGCCUCCAACAUCAUCUCUUCAGCUUUCCUGGGCAGGCUGCUCUUUGGAGAGACUCGUGCACUCUUGUGGUGGGUAGGAAUCAGCGUGAUGCUCUGUGGACUCCUGCUGCUGCACACAGCUUCACUUCAGACAGAACAGCAGCAGUCUGAGAAGAAGGACAAAUAACUUAACCUGCUGGGUUAGUUUCUAUGUCAACAAUCUAAUAACAAAAUCAGCCUUCAGGCCUUUAUGCUGUAAGUGGGUGAUGCUCUGCAGACUUGCUCCUUGGAUGAUUCUCCUUCGAAUGUUGCUGUCAUGGUUACAGGGCGAACUGUGCUUCGAUUUUUUUUUUUUUAACUCCCUCCCCUUAAGUGGCUAGCCUGACUUCCUGCUCCUCACUCCGGGUGGAACCACGCAGUCCAACCAGUCUGGCUCUGGAUGUCGGACUCCUUGUUUCCCAACCAAGGCCCAGCUGAGUUAGGCAUCUGCAAGCCUUUUCGCUCUGGGGACCUGCGACCAGCAAAGUGGUUAAAAGUGACUCAAAACAGCUUCAACACAAUACAUUAUGUAUUCAUUCACACAGAGCACAAACAUUAAAGGGCUACAUGCAGAUUUCCCUUUA